UUAUGCAACGGAGCAAACUGACAGCAGGUUGUUAUGAUUUUGGGAUAAAACUUUGGUUCGAAAUAAAAAUCGUCGGAAAGACGAUGACUCUGUUCCAACAACCACGCUGGCUGCGAAAAUGGAUUCGACGCCGAACCAACCCAAUACCGAUGGACCGGGCUCAUCUUUGGAAAGGUCGCUUGAGUUUAUUCUACGCUAUAGUGGCUUGGAAUGCAUUUGGAGGAGUUUGUUACAUGAUCUACACCGGGCGUAACGAUUGGGCCAAGUUUUAUGGUUACAAAAGCGACGAAGAAGCACAGCUGCCCCAGGCCAUUCGUUUCGCAAAGCAGCUCAAUCUUCCGAACGCGAAAGUCGUCAAACUAACCGGGCUCACUAAAACGGACGAGUACGAACUGAAAGAUCUUCAAGUUUUGCGACCAACUGAACAGGGUGGCGGUUCAGGUGUAGAAAAGUAGUCCUGUGCUUAGUAUGAAAUAUUUUCUUUAUUCGUGUAAAAAAUAAUAAUGAUAUAUGAAAGAUGUA